CUGCGCAAUGAGCCGGCCGUGGGGGGCGGGAAGCGCUUCGGGGCAGCGGUGCCCAUGUCGGCCUUAAGGCGCUCGGGCUACGGCCCCAGUGACGGUCCGUCUUAUGGCCGCUACUAUGGGCCUGGGGGUGGAGAUAUGCCGGUGCAUCCACCUCCACCCUUAUAUCCUCCUCGCUCUGAACCUCCUCAGCCUCCCAUUUCCUGGCGGGUGCGCGGGGGCGGCCCUGCUGAGACCUCUUGGCCAGGAGAAGGCGGAGGAGGCGAUGGCUACUAUCCCUCUGGAGGUCCCUGGACGGAGCCGGGUCGAGCUGGAGGAAACCACCAGGAGCAGUCGCCAUAUCCUAGCUACAAUGCUAACUACUGGAAUUCUCCUGCCCGGCCUAGGGCUCCUUACCCGAGUACAUAUCCUGUAAGACCGGAAAUGCAAGGCCAGAGUUUGAAUUCUUAUACAAAUGGAGCAUAUGGCUCACCAUACCCCGCUGGCCCAGGGGCAAAUACUGCCUCAUAUUCUGGGGCUUAUUACACACCUGGAUAUACUCAGACCAGUUACCCCACAGAGGUUCCAAGCACUUACCGUUCACCUGGCAACAGCCCAACCCCAGUCUCUCGUUGGAUGUAUCCCCAGCCCGACUGCCAGACUGAAGCACCUCCUCUUAGGGGGCAGGUACCAGGGUAUCCUGCUUCACAGAACCCCGGAACGACCUUGCCCCCUUAUCCUUAUGGGAAUGGCAGUCGUAGUGUUCCACAGCCAGGACCAUCUGUACGACCACAAGAGGACUCCUGGGCUUCUGCCGGUGCUUAUGGAAUGGGAGCCCGUUACCCGUGGCCGGCCGCUGUGCCCUCAGCACCACCUGGGAAUCUCUACUUGAGUGAAAGUACUUCACCAUGGCCUAGCAGUGGCUCUCCUCAGCCACCUCCUUCACCACCACCCCAGCAGUCCAAGGAUUCCUCAUAUCCCUAUAGCCAACCAGAUCAAGGCAUGAACCGGCACAACUUUCCUUGCAGCGUUCAUCAGUAUGAGUCCUCGGGAACAACGAACAAUGACAAUUCAGAUAUGCUGGAGUCCCAAGUCCAAUAUAGUGCUGAGCCUCAGCUGUAUGGUAAUGCCACCAAUGAAAAUCCCUGCAAUCAAGUUCAAAGUAAUGAUCUUCCUGAAGAGUGUUUAUCUUCAGAUGAAGGUACUCCCCCGAGUAUUAAAAAAAUCAUACACGUGCUGGAGAAGGUCCAAUAUCUAGAGCAAGAAGUAGAAGAGUUUGUAGGAAAAAAGACAGACAAAGCAUACUGGCUUCUGGAAGAGAUGCUAACCAAGGAACUUUUGGAACUGGAUUCCGUUGAAACUGGAGGCCAGGACUCUGUCCGGCAGGCCAGAAAAGAGGCUGUUUGUAAAAUCCAAGCCAUACUGGAAAAAUUGGAAAAAAAAGGAUUGUGAAUGGAUUUAGAACAAAGGGGAAGCCUGCUAAUAACUUGACCAAAGCAUUCUUGAUUUUGGUUAAUUACCCUCUUUUUGAAAUGCCUGUUGAUGACAAGAAGCAAUACAUUCCAACUUUCCUGUGAUUCAAAACUUAAAAAACUGGUAAAGGUCUUGGAAAAACAUUUUUGUUAUGAGUUGUUUUCAGUUUUCAGACCAAUGAAUGUAAUAGGAAACUGUGGAAUUAUCAAUAUUGCCAAGUAGACUCAUUCCUUAAGAAAUUUAUGGAUAUCUGCAAGCUGCUUCUUAUCAGCAGGAGGGAAAUACACUUUAUGUAACAGGCUUAUCAAAAACCUACCAGAUGAGACUGGAUAUAAUCUGAAACAAACAGGCUCUGGUUUCUAAAACAUCUGGUUACUUGUCACAUUUUUGUACAUUGUGACUGCUUUCAACAUACCCUUCAUGUAUAAUUACAGCUUGGACUUUAGCCUUGUUGGACCUGUUUUGUUUUGUUAUUUGCAGUUCACGAAUGUAGUAUUAUUCUCUACUUCUUGGUACAUUUUGUAGUAAUAUGUUUAAUAUAAUUAUUCAAGAGACUAUAUUGACAGCCAGAUAGUAUGGCAUUUCUGAAUGAUUUUAUAUCUUUUCACCACUUGAAUAUAUUGCAAUGUGUAGUGAAUUCCUGAGGUAAAUUGUCUCUUUUUCUGUAUAGAUCAUUAGUUUAGAGUUUUACCACUUCUGCUUUUCAUGUUAAUAGUGGAAGGCCAAUUUGGAAAUGAUAUGGGCAUAGGAAUGAAAAUCUUUGUGGCCAUUUUUCUUUUUUGCCAUUUUAUUGUAUUUAGAUAAAGAUCCACUUUAAAAUUUCUUUUCUUUGGGGUGGCCAGAUAGCUCAGUUGGUUAGAGCAUGGUGCUGGUAGCACCAAGGUUGCCAGUUCGAUCCCCAUAUGGGCCACUGUGAGCUGUGCCCUCCUUAAAAAAAAAAUAAUAAUUUGUUUUCCUUUAACUAUAUUUUCGCUAUAUGCAUCCAUAUGGGAGCAUUGUGAUAGAUAACAAAUGAAAAAUGCCACAGUGGACAGAAAUAAUAACUGUAAAAGUAAUAAACACUACUAUUUGGAAAUACUGUUCUCCAUCUAAAAUAUUAGUUUCACCAACAAGAUCCCUAUGAGCAGACUUCAGCUCAGUUUACAGUCAAAACAAUGAGGGUAAAAGAGAAUUCAUGCUCAGGGAAUGAAUCAGCCAUAGUUAGAGUGUGAAAUUAUUUUUUUGUUUUAAAGGUAGAUUUGAUGUUUAUUUCCCUAGAAUAAAUUGCAUAGAAAGUAUUGCCUGUUUUAUAAAAAGAUGUUUAUUACCAUUAAGAACAGUCAUUGAGCCAAAUUUAAGGAUCUUAGCUGGGCUAUUGUAUAGAAGAGACUUAGGUAAAUAACUUACUUUUUACACCUGAAGUGAGUUCUAGUAUACAGUAUCUGUUAUUUGAAAAACAUGUUUCUUAAUAAGAUAUCCAAGUGAUAACCUUUUUUUUUUUUUUGACUGCCAGGCCUAUUAGUGAUAAUAAAUCUAUCAGUCAUCUCCUCUCUUUAUUUAAAAAAACCAAUACAAACAUUUUAUGAUGAGAAGAAAUGGAAUAAAAAUAUUGGCUGCAUCUUAUGGUUGGGAUGAGUGAGUUUAUGAGAUAAUAUAGUGAUAAUUUUAUUCUAGGAUUUUAAGUUUUGGCUAAUAUAGGAAUGUUAAAAAAGGCUUUCCUAUGAAAAAUAGAAAAUUGUACUUGAUACUAAGAUUUAAAGAGGAAGGGAGAUGCUUAAAGCAAAGUUAACAUAAACCAGCGAGACAAUGACUAAUUCAGGAGAGAACACUACUACUGAGUGCCCAGGAUACCAAUUCUCAUUGUCUUGAUACACACACACACACACACACACACAUCAUAAACAUACAUGUAUACGUAUGUGUAUAUGCUUUUUAACAGUUAUUUUUAAUUUUGAGAUAAUUUUAGAUGAUCUGAAGAGUUGUGAAAAAGUAGUUUCUGUGUACUCUUCAUUCAACUUCCCCUUCUGUUAACAUCUUACAUAACCAUAGAACAUUUGUCAAAUUAAGAAAUUAGCCUUGAUACAAUACUAUUAACUAAAGUAGAGAUUUAAAAAAGUAGAGAUUUUCUUAGCCUUUUAACUAAUGUCCUUUUACUUACUGUUCCAGGAUCCAAUCCAGGAUCCCACCUUGCAUUUAGUUGUCAUGUCUCUGUAGUGUCCUCCAAUCUGUGACAGUAUAUUAUGACACCUGAUGUUGUAAUGUAUUUCUGGUGUUGUUAACAUUAAUCACUACCUAAGGUGGUGUCUGCUAGGAUUCUCUACUGAAAAUUACUAUAUUUCCUUUGUGAUGACUAAAUAUUUGCUGGAGAUAAUUUGAGACUAUGCAAAUGUCCUGUUUCUGCUUAAACUGUUGCCCACUUAUUUUCAUGUCCAUUGGUAGAUCUUGCUUGUGUCAGUUACUACUGUGGAGUUCUAAUGGUGAUUUUCUAUUUCUCUCAUUCCUUCUACAUUUAUUAAUUGGAAUUUUUCUGUAAAGAAGGGUUAUUGCUUCUGAAUUUAUAUUUUUAAUUAUAAUAAGAUAUAGUACUUAAAGCUGUAAACUGUAUUAAAAUGAUUCCAAAUACCAAUGUCAAAGAAAGGAAAACUAAAUUGGUAACCUGUUUCAGAAAAUACAAGUAUAAUGAACUUAUGAAGGAAAGUAGUAUGUAUGAUUUGUGGAUUUGGUUCAGUUUUUGAGUUAGUAUUGACUCCAGACUGAAUCCAAAAUACUCUUGAAAUUUCACAUCUGGACUUUUAAAAGUGUCUAAAUUUAUAUUACUUUGUGGAUAAUUUUUGUCAAAAUCUUGAAUAAAGUUACCCAGACCUGGCAUGUUAAAUACAACUAUGUCUUUUUCAUAAGCCACUAUUGUUCCAAAUAUAAACACCACUAUGAAUAGUUAGACAAAUAAGCCCUAAUAUCUGGAGGAUGGAUUAUGCUUAUCUCUGCAUUACUGGUGUGGAAUACUUAAAAAUGCUUUUAAAAAUAGGGUUUCAAAACAAUUGUUUAGUUGGUUAAUGUAAUACUGUUAAAGGUAUGCAGAAUUUUUUAAGUUUAAGAAUAUAGAUUACAUUGGUUUUUUUCCCUUUGCUGUGAACACCAUCACAAAUUUAUUUCUGAGAAGGGAUGUAAUAGGGGCUUCUCAAAAUGUGCUAUUAAACUGGCAUUUUUAAAAAAAAGUUUUUUGGGGAUGGAUAGUUGAUGACUAGAGUUUUUCUUUUUCAUCUUUUUUUUUUCUUUUUAAAAAUUAUGAGUUUAAAGAGUCAAAUAAUUCUAUGGAAGUUAUGAAUUUAAAGAGUCAGUUCUGUGAAAAAGGGCACACUCCUGUUCCCACUCCCAUUUUUAAUUCUGCAAAAUAAUCACUUUCAUUUGAGUUUUUAAAUAAUUAUCUCCAUAUUUUUCAAUAGCACAGUUAUAUUGCUUCUUGAUUUAUCAGUUUUAGGUCAUUUCUACUGAACAACUUGUUUUCUGUAGAAUUACUCAUUUGUCUUAUUUUGUUUGCUUAUGUACUUAGGACUGAUUUGACUGCAAGCAGUCCAUCAUUUGUCUUAAGUUUUUUCUUAACAUGCUCAGACAUAUAGCCGGGGGGCGCUGGGGGUGCCAAAAAAUGUAUCCACAUUUUAAGAAAUGUUACAUUAUUUUGGCACCGUCUGUAUUUGAUCAGUUUCAAACUGAAGAAGUCUAUCCUAGAUCUUUCUGACUAGAGAAUGGUGUGUUCCUGGUACAUACUUUCAUUCUGGGAUCUUUUACUCAUCCUCUUGUUUUUCUCUUAUGUAGCCUGUCUUUCUCGCUUAGUUUAUUUCCUCAUUUUGGUAGAGCAUGUUCUUCAGUAGCUUCCCAAGAAAGGGUACUCAGGACAAAUUUUUUUCACACUUCACAUAUUUGAAAAUGUGUUUUCAUGAUCCUUUGUAUAAAACCCCCAUUUUUUUCUCUCCAGAACCUUGUAGGAUAUUUUUGAAAUUCCUAAAGCUAUCCUGUUCUGAAAUUUCCUAACAGUAUAGCUUUGGUGUGGGUCUGUUUUUGUCUCUUUGCUGGGCACAUUUCAUUCUGGAAACUAAUGCCCUUAAGUCCUAUGAAAUAGUCUUGAUUUUUUUUGUUUGUUUAAUUUUUCCCCCUCCACCAUCUAAUCGCUGUUAACUCUUUCUAGAAUUCCUGCUGUUUUCGUUAUAAACCUCUUAGACUGGUUCUUUCAUUUACUUGUUUUCUGUUUUACAUUUUUUGCCUUUUUGCUGUACUUUGUUGGAGAUUUACUCACCUUUAUCUUCCAACUCUUAAUUGAUACAUUUCUUGUAUCAUAUUUUUAAUUUUAAAUAAUUUUUUUUUCUGUGUUUCUUAAUGGGAUUCUGCUUUUAUUUGUGGUUGUAGCAUCUUACAUCUCUGAGGAUAUUAAUAACAAUUUCUUGAUGUUUUCUUGAAUCCUUGAUUUCCUCCAAAGUUUCUUUUCCCUUUUUUUAAUUUCCAUCUUUGUCAUGUUAGAUUUCUCAGAUGUCUAUUAAGUUUUGGUUGUGUUUUUUACAGUGUUACACUGGAGACCCAAAUCUGUUUCUAGAAAAUGCUUCCUGACUAUUCUGUUUAACUAUAAUUUUUUCAUAAUUUUUCUUGGAGGGGCAUAGCUAUUUUAAAUCUGAAAUUGGGAAGGGAAUAUUAUCUGGAUAAUUUUCACUGCUGUGUGAAAAUAGGAGUGUUUUAUAUUCUAUGUGGUUUUUCUCAUCAGGAGUUAUGGGCAGUAGCACAUUUGUUGUAAUGAAAUGUGAGUCAGAGGAUUUGCCAAUUGCUAAGAGUGAGGAUUUAGGGGUUUCUGGGAUCAGGGCACAUUUUUUUCUCAGCCAAUCCUUAAAUGUUCUCUUAUUUUGCAAUAUAUACUUCAUUUGGUAAGCUAAUGCAAAGAGGAGUAUUGCCAGACAAAACAUAGGACUCCCAGUUACAAAUAAACAACAAAUAAUUUUUCAGUAUAAGAAUAAACAAAUAAUUUUUCAAAUAAACAACAAUUUUUUAGUAUAACAAUGUUGUAAAUAUUGCAUGGGACAUGAAAUGAAAAAUGCAAUAUUGCAUGAUAUGAAAAAUGAUUGCUUUUCUGAAAUCAGAUUUAACUGGGAGUACAGUAGUCCCUCUUAUUUGUGGGGAAUACGAUCCAAGGAUGCCUGAAACUGCAGAUGGUACCAAAUCCUAUACAUACUAUGUUUUUUUCCUAUACAUACAUACAUAUAUACAUACCUAUAAUAAAGUUUAAUUUAUAAAUUAGGCACAAGAAUAACUAAUAAAACAAUUAUAACUUUUGUAAUGUAAGUUAUGUGAAUGUGGUCUCAAAAUAUUUUACUAUAAUGUAUUUACAGCAUGGAUAUGCUGGAUAGUGGAGCGGGAUGCUGCAAGAUUUCAUGAUGCUACUCAGAACAGCACACAAUUGAAAAUUUGUGAAUUGUUUAUUUCUAGAAUUUUCCAUUUAAUAUUUUCAGACUGCAGUUUGUUGCAGGUAACUGAAACCAUGGAAAGUGAAACUGCAGAUAAGGGGGGACUACCAUAUUUUUUAAAUUAAAGCUUUUAAUUUGAGAUCAUUGUGAAGUCACAUGCAGUUUUAAGAAAUCAUGCAGAGAUUUCUUGUAUCUUUCACCCAGUUUUCCUCAAUGGUAAUAUCUUGCAAAACUUCACUGCAAUGUCACAACCAGGAUACUGACAAGAUACAGAACAAUUCUAUCACUACAGGUAUUCCUCCUGUUGACCUUUUAUAGCCAUACCUGCUUCUCCUUUUCCACCAUACUAAACCCCUGGCAACCACUAAUCUGUUCUCCAUUUAUAAAUGGUGUCAUUUAAAGAAUGUCAUGUAAGUAGAAUUAUACAGCAUGUAACCAUUAGAGAUUGUUUUUUUUUCACUCAGCAUAAUUCUCUUGAGAUUCAGCCAGGUUGUUUCCAGUAUUAUUAGUUCUUUUUUUAUUGCCAAGGAGGAGGCUAUGACACGGAUUUACCACAGUUGAACUAAGCACUUGUUGAAGGACAUCUGGGUUGUUUCCAUUUUGUGGCUGUUGUAAAUAAAGCUGCUACGCACAUUCAUUACAGGUUUGGUGUGGACAUAGUUUUCAUUUCUUUGGGAUAAAUGCCCAGUGCAGUUCUGGGUCACAUGGUACUUGCAUGUUUAAUUUUUAGAGAAACUACCAAACUUUUCUAGAGUGGCUAUACCAUUUUACAUUCCCACCAGCAAUGUGAGUUUCUCUUCAUCCUUGCCAGUAUUUGGUGUCACUAUUUUUUAUUUUUUUUUUUAGCUAUUCUGAUAGAUGUGUAAUGAUAUCAUUGUGGUUUAAUUUGCAUUUCCUUCAUGGUUAAUGAUGUUGAACAUCUUUUCAUGUGCUUAUUUGCCAUCUGUAUAUCCUCUUCCAUGAAAUAUCUGUGCAUGUGUUUGGCCAUUCUGUAACUGGACUUAUUUUAAUAAACUUAUUUUAGAAUAGUUUAGAUUUACAGAAAAAUUGUGAUACACUACAGACUUCCCAUAUACCCACACCCUAUUAUUAGCACUUUAAAUUAGUGUUGUACAUUUGUCACAAUUAAUGGGCCAGUGCUGAUAGGGUCUUAUUAACUAAAGUCCAUACUUUAUUCAGAUUUCCUUAGUUUUUACCU